AUGUUGAGAAUUUUUGUAAUAACCAUUCUAUGUUUACAUUUGUGUUGUGCCUCGAGUGACUGUACAAGCCACGACGAUCACGACGCUGUGUCUCGAGAAGAAGCAGAGAAAGCGACGAAGCUGAAGCUCGGUUCCAUCGCUCUGCUUCUUGUCGCCGGAGGUCUCGGCGUCAGUCUACCGUUGGUCGGGAAGAAGAUUCCGGCGUUACAGCCAGAGAACGAUAUCUUCUUCAUGGUGAAAGCUUUCGCCGCAGGAGUGAUCCUCUGCACAGGAUUCGUCCACAUCUUACCAGACGCGUUCGAGAGACUGAGCUCGCCUUGUCUCGAAGGCACGGCGGCUAGCAAGUUCCCGUUCGCCGGCUUCGUAGCGAUGGUGUCGGCGAUGGGGACGCUUAUGGUCGACACGUUCGCGACGGGGUAUUACAAGAGGCAACACUUCAGCAGUAACAAUGGGAUCAAGCAAGUGAACGUUGUGGACGAAGAAGAGCAUGUCGGUCAUGUUCACGUGCACACGCAUGCGAGUCACGGACACGCGCAUGGCUCGACGGAGUUGAUCAGGAGAAGGAUAGUGUCGCAGGUUCUUGAGAUUGGGAUCGUUGUGCAUUCGGUUAUCAUAGGAAUAUCGCUCGGAGCUUCACAGAGCACAGAGACCAUAAAGCCACUCAUGGCUGCUCUCUCUUUCCAUCAGUUCUUUGAAGGUCUUGGCCUUGGUGGCUGCAUCUCCCUCGCGGAGUUGAAGUCGAAAUCGACGGUGAUAAUGGCGGCGUUUUUCUCGGUGACGGCAUCGGUUGGGAUAGGUAUAGGUAUGGUGAUGUCCAGUGGUUUAGGUUACAGGAGAGAGAGCAAAGAGGCGAUAAUGGUGGAAGGGAUGUUGAACGCUGCAUCUGCUGGGAUUCUCAUUUACAUGUCACUCGUUGAUCUUCUUGCUCCUGAUUUCGUCAACCCAAGAUUGCAAUCCAAUCUCUGGCUUCACUUGGCUGCUUUUCUCUCUCUCCUUCUCGGUGCUGGUUCCAUGUCUCUCCUCGCCAUUUGGGCUUGA